UCUGUUGUCACUAUAGUUUGGCUACAGAAAUGAAGAUGCUUUGUACUAUUGGCCUCUUCUUGGCAUUGACAGGAAUAUGCAGCUCUUCCCUUAUCAGCAAAAGUCAUAAAGGAGAUAACCCUUUGUUGCAGUAUGUGGUGAAUAACUCUCUCAGAGAGCAUCCAGUGCUUACCAAACUACGUCUGAAAACUAUGGAGGAUCCCAACCAUCUAAUGAUGGUGGCACCAGAGCAAGCUCAGUUUAUGGCUACUCUAGCUAAACUGAUCAAGACCAAUAAAGCAAUUGAGAUAGGCAUGUACACAGGAUACAACGCCUUAAAUCUGGCUCUGCUAGUACCUGAGAAUGGACGUGUGGUGGCUUGUGAAAUUAAUGAGCAAUAUGUGAACACAGCCAAGCCCUAUUUUACAGAGGCUGGAGUGGAAGAUAAAGUUGAUAUUCGUAUUAAGCCUGCAGAAGAAACAUUGGAUGAACUCUUAACUGCUGCUGAAAACGAAACAUAUGACUUUGUCUUCAUUGAUGCUGAUAAGAAGAAUUAUGAAACAUACUAUGAAAAGUCUCUUCAGCUUGUUCGAAAGGGUGGCAUUAUAGCGAUUGACAAUGUGCUGUGGGGUGGGCGGGUCAUCAACCCUGCUGAGGAUGAUCUCUCCUCUCAAACCAUUGACAAACUAAACAAGAAGUUACACAAAGAUGAACGCAUUGAUCUUAGUAUGCUCACUGUUGGAGAUGGUCUGACCCUAGCUAUUAAAAGAUAA